GACUCACUAUUUGACUCGCUAUUUGACUCAAUUUCUCACUCAUUUCUCACUAUGGAAACCCCAUUUGAUCAAGCUUACGAGUCCCGAGACAAGAUGCUUGCAGAACUCCGUCGCUACGCCUUGUCUCAGGGCUACGUUAUCACUACGAUUCGAUCUAAUCCUGGCAAGAAUAUCACUAUUGGCUGCGACCGUGGUGGUGAGUAUACUGACCGGAUCAACGCACUGGACGGGGCAAAACGCCGGAGGACUAGUACUAGGCGAAUUGGAUGCAGCUUCCGACUCUAUGGAUACGUUCAUUCAAGAGGCCCCCAAGCCGAUGGUAGAUGGCGUAUAAAGGUGAAAAAUCUCGAACAUUCUCAUGAGCUUGAGGGUGAUUUAAUUGCCCAUCCAGCGGCGCGUACGAUUACUUCAGAACAGCGAAUUACCAUCUGUAAUCAGCUUGAUGAGGGUAUCCCUCCACGGCAGAUUAUCAGCUUGAUCAAAAAGAGUGACCCUACUCUGCUAAUUAUACCAAUGGAUUUAUAUAACCUCAGGAAGGCCUUUCUGCGUGAACAACUUGCUGGGCGUACUCCAAUACAAUAUCUUCAAGAGCAACUACUUAUCCAUAAGUGGAAGUUUGCAUUCAAACAAGAUAUAGAAGGAUGUAUUACAUUUUUUAUGUUUGCUCACCCAGAAUCGAUUCAAUACGCUAAUCAGUUUAACAGGGUAUUCAUUUUAGAUUGCACUUAUAAGACGAAUCGCUAUGAGAUGCCGUUACUCCAUAUUAUAGGCGUUUCACCAUCAAAUACGACAUUCAGUGUUGCCUUUUGCUUUAUGCAAAAUGAGCAGGAAGAGUCAUAUAAAUGGGCAUUAAAAACUUUCUUUUCAUGGCUUGAAUCCCCUAUGUUCCAACUACCGGUUCUUUGUACUGAUCGAGAUCUCGCUAUAUUAGCUACACUUCGCGAUGAUUAUCCAGAGAGUCCGCAUUUACUUUGCUUAUGGCAUAUCAAUAAGAACAUUGCUGCCAAAGUAAAAGAAUACUUUGCGACUAGUGAAGCAUGGGAUGAAUUUCUCUCUGGAUGGCAAAGUCUUGUUAAUUCACCAACGGAGCAUGAAUAUGAGGCGAGACUAUUAGAUUUUGACAAGAAAUAUCAAUCAGUAUCACCCUAUGCCUUACGAUAUAUCAAAGAAACAUGGCUAAUCUAUAAAGAAAAGGCCUCAACCGGCGAUAUACUGACUGUCUGGGGCCGAGUGAGGCAUGCGGUACAUAAGCAGAUCGAUGCUCUAGUAUAUGAGGUUAGACAUGACCAACUAAACAGCCUUAUAUUCUGCCAAUCUUUUCUAUACUCGCAGAUUAACCAGAGAGCUUCACACUACGCAAUCAAUCGUGUCCACGAUCAAGUUAAUAUAGCUAAGAGAGCUACAUCCCUUGCCCCUUUACCAGAGUGCUCUAAUAGCUUCACUAGGACAAUGGGCCUUCCAUGUGCCCACCGAAUCGCACGGUUGCUAGAGAAAAAGCAUCCUAUUCCAUUAACAGAUAUUCAUCCUUUUUGGAGGCAAAAUAUAGCACCAGACAAUCGAUCUGAGUACCUGCCACUACUCGAACCUCGAUUGCCUAUACCGAAGGCAAAAAGAUCAGAUAAAAAGGGUGGAAAUCCAAAGGUAGAUGUCGAAAAGGGGACUCCAACUGCAACUGCAACGGGCAAGAGAAAAGCGCCUUCUAAGUGCUCGAACUGCGGGGUAAUUGGGCAUACAAUCAGAUCAUGUAAAGUAAAAUAA